CCAGCCAACAUUAGAAUUAGGGCUUUUGGAGAAUAAGUUGAAGGUAUAUAUAAGUCCUAAUUCCUAAUUCCUAAUUCCCUUCUCUAUCUCGAAUGAAUUACAUCUCCAUGGCGUCGAUCACAAAAAUAGUCGGCUACAAUAAUUCCGUAUCUCCGUUUCUCCUCACUUUCCGCAGAGCUAUUGCUUUCAAGCUUUUCGUUGGAGGACUUUCUUUUCACACAACAGAGAAAACUUUGUCAGAUGCAUUCUCAAAUUAUGGACAAGUUGUUGAAGCUAAAGUUAUAACAGAUAGGAUUUCAGAGAAAUCUAAAGGGUAUGGUUUUGUUACUUUUGCUUCACAAGAUGAAGCUGAGAAGGCCAUAACAGAGAUGAAUGAAAAGGCACUAAACGGACGUGUUGUCUUCGUUGAUUACGCAAAACCAGAUACUAAACGCAGCAUGGGAAUGCCGAUUGCCAGAGGACCUCCUGAAGAUCUGAACAAACAACAUACAACGGAUUCUCCUCAAGACGCAUGAGAUACAAUACAAGGUUUAACGCACUUGAGCAAGCAAUGUGUUAAAAAUAAUAUUAAACUUCUCUAAGACAAGCAAUUUGAUACUUUAGAAUGUAAAAUAAGUAAUCUCAGCCGAUAUAUAUAAUCUUAUGCACGCCCAUAGCAAAUCAUGAAUGUGAUAGAAUAUCAACCUUAGGUUGGGAUUUGCUUAUUUUACUCUCUAAAGUGAAUUGCUACUUUAAAUGAGUGAAAUCAAUAAAAAAAUUAGCACAGUGUUUCUUGCAUAUGGAGGAAUGUGUAUUACUUAGAGUGGAUAAUUUAAGGAUUUACGUAGUAAGUGUGGAUAUAAAUAAAGAUAAAGUUUGUAUUCACCUCUAGAUUCUUGUAUACUGAGAUUAUAUGACAUUCUUUAAUUUAAAUAGACGAUGAAUAUGGUUUUCUUUGCCCAUUUAGAGGAGCCUCUUCAUUAUCUAUGUUCUAAAACUGGAAUACUAUUAUCAUGUGGAAGGUUAA